CUUGGAGCGAUGCUGGCCCGACAGCGCGUCGCGGCCGCGACUUGGCGCCGGACCUUUGGCCAUAACCGGCCAUCGGCGCUCUCGUCCAUUGCGCCUGUACACACGAACUCUGCGCCAUCAGACGACGUCGAGAAGGCUGUCGCUCAGGCGACUGCGUCGCUGCUGGCACGCAUCGCCGCCAUGGAGGCCGAGAACGUUGCACUCAAGCAGCAGCUUCAAAAGGCCAUGACGACUGGCGCAAUACCACCCCAUGUAGUAGACAAGGCGUUUGCUGCGCCUUCCAUCACAGAGCCCAAGAAGACGCCUGCCACGACCGAGCUCAAGUCUACACUGUCGCUCAAGUCGCCUACCAUCAUAGAGCCCAAGAAGAUGCCUGUCACGUCUGCGACUAAGAAGACGCCUGCCACGACCGAGCUCCAGAUGACGCCAGCGCCCAAGAAGCCGGUCGCGACCACAGCGCCCGUCGCUGCCAAGCGUGGUGAAGAGCCGCGGCUACGCCCUGCCGCGCCUCAACCACCGGUACUGGAGGCAAUGUCGCUUGUCGGCGACAGUACGACCUUGGUCGAGGCCGCGCCCGAAGAACGCAAGCUGCCCAGCAACAAGUUCUUCUUCCGCCUCAUGCACUCGUCCAAGACGAUGCAGAUUUCGCCGACGCUCCGCGCGACGCUGCACGGCAUGGACUUGUACAACCGCAAGUGGGAAAUCAACGAGAUCCCAGCCGUCAUGAACUGUCUCGUGCUCUUGGACCGCGUGCCGGAGGCGCUGGCGUUUGCGAAAAAGUGGAUCAAUUCGCUCACGAUGCUCAACCAUCUGAUGGGUCAAGCCGCGCGCGUCAAGUGCCCGAAGCUCGCGCUCGGGCUCCUUCAGCUCGGCGUCGAGCGCAACUACCCGAUCGACGCGCUGACGUACAACAAGUGCAUCGUCGCAUGUGCGCGCGGCCCGCCCUCAUACCUCUCGACGAUCGAGCACCUCGUGACCGACAUGCAAGAGCACGGCCACCGCCCCAACAAUCUUACCUUUGGCGCGCUCGUCGUUGGCGCCGCACGCCUUGACCACUGGUCGGCGGUGGUGCCGACCCUCGAUAUGAUGGACGAGCUGCCGUACGACGAACGCGUCGCGGCGUACAGCACCGUGCUCGUGCGUCUCGGGCGCGAGGACCACCACGAGUUUUGCUACCGCCUGUUUAAACAUACGAUCACGAGCGGCCUGUCUGUGAGCGAAGAUGCCGUUCGUGUCGUCGUUGCGAGUUGCGGCAAGAUUGCGCGGCGCGCCGAUGCGAUCGAGGUGUUGGACGCGAUCUCGCUCGACUCGAUAGCGUCGCUCAAGACGUUCAACGCGCUCAUCGCUGCGCUGGCCAACUUGGACCCGGCGAAAGCCUUUGACGUCUUUGGCGUGCUCCAGAGCCGCCCGAACCUCGAGCUCGAUAUUUACACGGUCAACUCGGUGCUCCUCGCGUGCGUCCGUGCGCGGUCGUUCGACGAAGGCGUCGAGCUCUUCGAGUCGCGGCCCGUCCCGUUCGAUAUGGUGACGAUCUGCACCAUGCUGCAGCUCUGCGGGCAGGCCAAGCAGCAUGGGAAGGCGACCGAGAUCUAUGCGACCGCGCUGAGUGCGCUCCCGCCGUCGCGGCAGCUCUACGAAGAGUAUUUCGAGGCGCUUGUCGAGUCGGAGGUCGGGUCGCUUGCGAUCGAGGCGUUCUGGCGUGCGCGCGAGCGCGACACCAAGUUCCAGCCGACACUCAAGAUGCUCAACUGCCUCCUUCGCGCCUGCCACGCGUCGCCAGACCACCUCGACGUCAUGGGCCAGCGCAUCUUGGAUGUGUUUGAAGAAGCCAACUACAACGGCUCGAGCGUCAGCGGCAACCACCAGCUCUCGCUUCUGAUUGCCGCCAACAAGCUCGACGCGGCCGCCGAGUGGCUACACACGAUGCGCGCGCGCGGCCUCGUCACGUACUUUACGUACCAGCAGCUCAUGGUUGCGUACUACGACCGCGGCGAGUACGACAAGUGCCUCGAGGUCUAUGGCCAGUGCCGCGGCCAGCGCAUCGAGAUGCUCCAGCAAGUCAAGUGGAAGCCGUACGCAUUCCCGCGCACGGGCCUCGUCCUCCUCGCGCAACGCGCCCAUUACGCGCUCGGCGACUGGGACAGCGUCGUGGCCAUGGCGCCGACCGUCAAGGGCCGCCAGGGCACGUUGCACCCGUGGCUCUCGGACCGCGGCUGCCAAGAGCUCCUCAUGCGUGCGAUCCUCGCCCACGAGCAGCGCGGCGACUGGGAGUCGUGCGUCGCGCUCUACUCCAAGAUGGUGUCGGUCGGCAUGAACGACACGGACGCCUACCAAGCAACGGUCCGCGCGGUCGCAAAAGCCGGCGAGUUUGAAGCCGCGCUCGACGUCAACGGCGGCGAGUGGUACCGGAACGAGCGGACGUCCAAAGGCUGGUUCACGGACGACGACGCCAAGUGAGAUUAGACAAAAUAGAGAUACACGAAUGAAAACCACCGUAUAGACAAUAUUUGUA